AUGGCGGCCAACUCCGCCGAGACGGAGCGGGCUCUGGAGCAGUGCGAGAGGGACCUGGACCUGGCGAUCGAGCGCCUGGUCAACCUGCGGCUUGAUCCCGAGCAUGACGCCGGCGAAGGCGCCGCUCCUGACAUCAUCGACGACGACGUCCGUCACGCCCCCGCCCCCGCCGCCGCUAAGGCACGGAGCGCCGCCCCUGUCCCGUCAGGCGGCAGCGGCCACGCGGCAUGGAUCGAGAGACUCAUCAAUGAGAUGCUGAGCGCCGCGGACGUGGAAGACGCCAGGGCCCGCGCCGCCACGUUCCUCAACGACUUCGACGCCUCCGUCGCGGUGGGGCGGGACGUGGUGGCCCUGCAGGAGAACCGCGUCCUGAAGAAGGCCGUGCUCCUCCAGCACCGGCUGGACAACAAGAAGGAGACGGCGAACCGGGAGCUCCAGCGGCAGCUCGCCGGCUGCCAGGAGCGUGUCAGGAGCCUGGAGACGGACAGCUACGCGCUGUCCAUGUUCCUCAGGCGCGCGCAACCGCAGGGGGGGCCUUCCAUGACCGGCCGCUUCCACCCGGAGGUUUUCUGA